AUGGCCGGAUGCCAUAUGAGAUUUCCCCAAAAUGUCUUUGGGGAGCGGUUUCUAAAGUGCUCCCAAGAGGAGCUACAAGAGAAACUACCAUCUAUGGUAAGUGUCCAGAUGGGUUGGUCCUCAAUAAAACUCAUCUCAGUCAUGGUGAUGGCUGGUAACAAGUCCGACGGUAGUCCAUGCCUCUCAAUAAGUAGACGAGUGUCUCCUUGGAGAAGCUGGGCUACCGUCAAGCGAGGCCAAGAAGAUGUGAAAGUGGUAAAACAGGCCAAUGGUAUGUCAUCUAGCCAAGUGUCGUACCAGGCACUGAUCUCGCCUCUCCCCACUCGCCAACGAAUAAGAGGCAUCAUCUCUAACCAAUGUCGCUGCCAGUCUGCCCAUCGUUUGACUCCUUUGAUGUCGGCCGGCUGUCGAGCCCACUCACCAUAUUUGGCUGUCACAAAAGUACCUAGCACCGAUGGUGUGGUCCUCAUCCUCCAAACGAGUUUCUUUUGAAGCAUGUUAAGUACAUCUUGAGGGCGCCUAAUACCUAGGCCACCCUCAUCCGUAGGUCGACAUGCUUUCUCCCAAGAAACUCGGCGUUGACGACGAGGUCCCUCAAGUUGUCUAUCCCAAAGGAAGGACGUACAUAUCCGUCCAAUAGUCUGUAAGACGGUGUCUGGUACCUCAUGGACUGCCAAAAGGUGUAAUGGCAUGCUCAUGAGGACAUGACGUAUCAACUGGAUCCGUCCUCCAGGGGAUAGAAGUUGUAACUUCCAUCCUGCUAGUUUCUUCCUCAACUUGCCCACUAGGGCGUCAAAAUAGUGUAUGCGCCUACGGCCGAGGAAGAUAGGACAUCCUAGAUAGUCAAAAGGUAAGUGUCCACGAGAGAACCCUAUUAGGCCCUGGAUGCGUCGUAUGGUCCCUAUGGGGGUAGAAGGGCCUACUAUGAAGCUACUCUUCGAGGCAUUUACGAGUUGACCUGUAGCUCGCUCAUACCUCGAGAUAAUACUCAUGAGCCCUCUAAUGGAUGUCUCACAUCCAUUGAGGAAGAGUAUCGCAUCAUCAGCAAAGAGGGAGUGUGAGAUGAUCGGGCAACCCCUCUUCGAGUAGUAUGGUCGGAUAAGUCCUUGAUUGAUCGCUCGGGUGAGGGAUCGACUGAGGACUUCUUCAACUAAGAUGAAGAGGGUGGGUGAUAGUGGAUCGCCCUGUCGUAGACCUCUCGUGGCCGUGAAGAAUGGUGUGGAGCUACCGUUCACUAAUAAAGAGAAGUGAUUCUCCCUAACACAUGCAUCGACUAAGUCAAUGAAGUCAUCGGUGAACCCAAAGCGUCUAAGAACCUUAAUGAGGAAACUCCACUCUAUCCUAUCAAAGGCCUUCUCCAUGUCUAAUUUGAUGAUGAUGUUAGAGCCUCGACAAUCAUGGCCAAGGGACUGUGCUAGUUCAUGUACUAGCAUGAUGUUAUCGUGAAUGUACCGUCCCUUGACAAAUCCACAUUGUUCUGGAGAUAUAAGUCUAUCAAGGAAACUACUCAAUCUACGUGUAACGAUCUUAGAUACAACUUUAUAACACACGUUACACAAACUGAUAGGUCGAAAGUCUCUAAAUGAGGUUGGGGUAGUCACCUUCGGUAUAAGUGCAAGGAAGGUGGCCUUCCAACUUCGUGUAAAGAGUUUACGACGAAAGAUUUCCUUGAUGGCCUGGAUGAGAUCAGUGCCAACAAUAUCCCAACAUGA